AUGAAAAGGUUCCUUAUAAAAAUAAAGGCAUUUUAUAUCAAAGACUUCUUAUAUAUCAAAGAAUCUAGAAGGACAACGUAUAAAUUAGCUGUUGUGUUGAUAGUCUUCGAAAACCUUUAAAUGCUAUCAAUUUACACUCAUAAUUUGAAUACCAUAUAGUAUGAACAAUUUCCAAAUGAGGUUAAAUCCAUGAUGAAUUAUUUUAAGUAAAUCAAGUAAUCUUUAUAUAAGGGUAUACACUUUAUUUGCAAACUCUAUUACUUCCAGAAUUAUAAGUGUGAUUAUUGGAUUUUCAAUAAAAUCGUUAUUGAUGGUUAAAAUUCUUUUUUUAGUAUUACAAGUUAGCUCUUCUUGAUUUACCAUUAACACAAGUAACAAAAGCAAAUAUAUUAGAAAAAAUCACAUUAUCAUUUUGAGGAAUGUUGGUUAUCAACCUUGCUUUCUUGGUACUUUUAGAUUAAUCUUGAGGUUCUAUAAAUACCAUUGCUUUUUUGUGCAGUUAGCCUAAUCACAGAUUUAAUUAGUCUCAGUACAAGUUAUUUUUAUAUAGACAAUUUAACCGGGUUUGAAGAUUUUGGAUUGCUUCUAAGCUUCAUCUUAAUAAUCUAAUAAUUGUUAUUAGGAACCCUCCUACAUGUUCAUUAAUUCGAAUACAGAAUAAAACAUUAUGACUUUUUAGGUUUAAAAAAAAGUGUAAAUAAUGAAAUUCUAUAUUUACUGAAACUAUUUAUGAUAUUUUUAUCAGGAAGUAUAUCAAAUGCAGUUUUAAUUCAAACUCUAGGAUUAAUUAUAAAUAGUAUAUAGACUUUGUUUUCCUAUAAAUAACUAACAUACAUUGAUCAUAGAGUACUGAAUAUCUCCUUUCAAAUUAACUCACUAAUAUUGCUUUAUCAGCUUGCAUUAAUACUAUGUUAAUUUGGAUAAUACUAAAUCAAAAUUAGCUUAUCACUUUUAAUUCUUUUAUUUUAUCCCUUGGCUAUCUUUUUACUACAUUAGCUAUCGAUUAGAUAAGAGUAGAGGAAUGAUUUUAAAGACUAAUAAGACUUUUUAAAAAGGAUGUAUUGGAAUGCCAAAUUAUAGGUUUAAUUUAAAAAGAGAUAGUAACAUUAGGAUUAAUAAAGACUAUUUUAAAUAUAUACAAUAGUAAGAACACAUCUACAAACUUGUAAAUAAAUCAGAAUGAGAAAAAUAUUAAAAAAAACUAAUUAUACAUAGAAAUGCUUUUGCUCAAGUUUUUAAAAUCAAAACUCUAUAUAGAAUAUUGAAUAAUGUAAGGAAUUUUUGAAAUUAUGGUUGGGUCAAGUAAUAGAGGAUGAGUUAAAGGAGGAUGGCGCUAUUUAGAAAACAUCAACAUAUAUAUGUUAUCUAAAUGAUAUAAAAAAGGCACCAAUUUCUGCAAUUUAUGAAGUGAUUAGAAUUUCGAAUGUCGAAAAACUUCCUUGGAGAUUUUAGUAGAUUAUACACUAACUUUAGCAGAAUUCAUUAUAAAGAUUUAAUAAAUUAAUAUAGAAGUAAAAUUUAGUUAAUUAAAUAUUUGAUUUUAAAAAGGCUUGUUUAUUUGAAGAAUCAUUAAAAGUUUUAAAACUGAACUUCUUUCUUAUCGUCAAACAAGAAAUUGAAUUUUAUUAAGUGCUCUUUUCUCCCAUCAUAAAUGCAAAAGAUAUUUAGGAUAAAGGAUUAGCGUUACUGGCCAAUAUCAACCAUUUAGAAAAUUAAAUUUAAUAUAUUUUCAGGACGAACCCUUAAAAUGGAGAAUGCGACACAAUUUAUAAGUUAUUUCAAAAAUACAUAAAUUAUAACAAGAAAAGGAAAUAAUAAUAUAGAAGGGAUGGCUAAUUGACGGCUGAGUUUAUUCAAUCAGUGGAUAAAAUUAUAUAUGAUUAACAUAGCUGUGUAGUUUAAAUUACUUUGCUACAACCAAGAGGGGAUGUAAUUAGAUAUACAAGAUCGUUUUAAUAAUUAAUUUAGUUUAAAGAUGAUGAGAUAUUGAAUUAAAACAUAAAGAAGUUUAUACCUUCAAUUAUUGCAAACGGUCAUGAUUAAUAUUUAAAUAAUUUUGUUGAGACUGGAAGAAUUAACGUUUUAAAAAGAGAAUUAAGAAUAAUUUUGGUAAAAUAAAAAUCAGAAUUUGUUAUUCCUAUCAAUACUAGAUUGAGAAUUGAAGUAAAUCCCUUGGAAUUUGGAGCAUAGGCUCUUAUGACAUCAGUUAACUAAACAUAUGGUUAUUUGAUGCUUAAUGAAUAAGGAUAAGUUGAAGAAAUAACAAAGAAUAUAUAUGAAGAUACUUUUUAAUAAUAUUUAGGGUUAGAUCUGGAUACUGUUAAAGGUUUAGAUUUUUUACUUUUGAUCCCUGAAUUAUCAAAGAUUUGGUAAAAUUUAUUCGAUGAAAACUUCGAUAAAUUAGACUUAUAUUAAGAAGGAGAGUUGGUGAUCCCAAUCAUCGAAAAACAAACUCAUUCAUAAAUUUUUUCAUAGAAAUAUGGAAACAAAUAAUAAUACAACAAACGAUUGGGAGAUUAUAUGAAAAAAUUUCCUGAAAAUGCCAUUAAAACUCAAAUUAAUUUCCAUCUCACAAGUCUCACUACGAUAAAUUUAAGAGUAGUAAUAGUAGAAAUUCCAGAGUAUCGGUAAACUAUUAACAAAUAGUAUUAAAAUUCAUUAAAGCUAAUUUAAGUUAAGCCUUCUAAGUCACAAAAUAAUGUCAUUUAUCAAUCAGAAUUGCUUAGUCAUAAAUCACCUUUGUAUACUCCUGCUCCAUCUAAAACCUUGAUGAAUGAAUGUGAUUUAGAAUAUGAUUAUCUAAUUGAAGAGAAAAGAAUGAUAGAAGAAUUCAGAAAUUAACUAGCAUCACUUACGAGGAAUAACUCAAUUUAAAAUACUUACCUGAAAGCACCUAUAAUUUAAGAAUAAUAAUGUUAGAUCUCAACAGAUAUUAAAAUUAUCAUGCCUUAAAAUAUUACAUCCCGCAAAGGUGAUGAGUUUGAACAGAAAUAACAUCAACAAUAACAUUUCUUGAAAUCUAUUGACACUAAGUCUUCUUAAAACAAUAAUAAUACAAUUAAAUAAUAAAUAAAAAGUUGCUUAAAAAACAAUAAAAAAUUGAAUUUUAGGAUUAAAUCUUUUUUAUUAAUAUUUUAUUCACUAUUACUAACAGGGUUUAUCCUAAAUUUUUGCAUUUUGUUAAUUAAUUUUGAAAAGGUCGAUAAAAAUGUAAAUUUUGAAGAUUUGCCCUAUCAGCUCUCUUACUAUUACAAUGAGUUUGUUAUUUCAAAAGUUUAUCAAUCAUAAAACGAGUUUAAUUUUAAGAGUCUCCUCCAAGUUUCAAUAAAUUAUUACUAACAACAUUAGAAAUAUAUUGAUGAAAUAUUAUCUUUAAUGCCUUCAAUUAAUAUAAUAAAUGAAUAAACUGUGAAAAGAAGAACUACAAAUCUUCUAUAACAAAUGUCGGAGGCAUAUCAUAGCAAUUCAAGUAUAACUGGUGAUGAUUUCUUUAAUAACACAUAGGCUUUUCAUAUUCUAUUAGAUAAAUUUGCUGGAUUUAAUUCCCUUUUGUAAAUUUAAAGUCUCCUUAAUCUGUUUAUUUUUGAAGAAGUAAUAAUAUUUUUACUAUUAAUCUGUUUUGCUUAUUUUUAUAUAUCGAUUCUAAAGAUGAAAGCAUCAUUUUAUAAAUUAUUCUGUACUUUUUCAAGAGAUUUUAUGAAAGAUUAAUUUAUCUAAUUUCAGGCAUUGCAUAAUUAAAUAAAUCAAUCUAAAUUUAAAACAAGUGAGACUAACGAAGAAUCUUUUGAAGCAUCUAUGAUAAGUCAAUAUUAAAAAAAUUCAAGAUAUGGAAAUCUAGAAAACCAUGUUAGAAUUGGUAAAUAAAUUUAAACUCCAUAGAUUAGUUUAAAAUUGUACAUCUUCACAUUUACCAUUUUUAUCUUCUUUUCCUUUUAUUCAUUAUACUAUUUUGGAACUUACUUUAUGUAUAAACAGGUUCUCAGCAGUAUAGAAUUAUAUGAUUCUAAAAGAAUAUAUUAUGAAAAUAUAGCAAAUGAUUUAAUUUUUGCUUACGCACAAUAAGCAUUUUACUACAAUAAAACAAUUACACAAGAAAUGAUUUAAUAUGAAGAUAAAGUCUUGGGUGAAUUUAAAUAAAGAAUUUCAUAGAUCUCAUAAUUCUAAGACUAAUCAAAUCUUCUAAUCAAUAGAAUAUUAUUAGAUGAAGUUUGUAUAGUUUAUCAAGAGGGAAUGUAAAGCAUAAAUAUGUAUUUAGUGUUUUACUGGAUACUGAUUAUUAGAAUUUAUUUACCUUUGAACAGUGUCAAUCUAUAUCUUCACUAUCAAAAGGUUUAAUUUUUGUGGUUUAAGAGUUAUUUUAAAACUACAAUGGCAUUGUAGAGGAUAUUGAUUCCAAAUAUUAAAAUGAAACUUUUACAUUUUCCAAUUUAUAGCUAGUUGAUACAUAAAUAAAGAGGCUAUAUACACAAUUUAGUUUUUAAAUUAUUAUAGAAAUUUUAAGAAAAGAUGUUAAAUAUUUCAUAUCCUCAACAAUUUAUAUAAAUAUAUUAACUUUUGUUAUAGCAAUUAUUUUUGCUACUAUGA